GUCUCCCUGAAGCGCGAGCGCUGUCCCGUAAUGUGCCGCGCAGUGCGUGCACGCGGAUUAACCAACGUAAUCCGCGGGAGUUUAGGCCGGUGACGAGUGUGACAGGCGCGCGCAGAGAUGCUGAGAUCCCCUCUUCUGCAGCUUCAUCCAUGGCCCCGUCAAUCUCAUCCUCAUUGAGAAGAUCUCCAGAGAUCGCCCUAUGAAGCUCUGGGGCGGCUUCAUCCUCGAUGCUCCUCAGACCCGCCUGACAGAGACAAGCGAAUGAUUACAGACUGCCGGAUCAUGAGGCAACACGGUGAGGGCAGAACUUUCCGAACCCAAGAGGCGGCUGGAUUCUCCUCAGCAAAGUCACAACAUCCAGAUCCAUCCUUCUGCAGUGGAAGAAGACCUGUGAAGAUCCAGACAAUUACACAGAGGACAAUCUCAGAUUUUAUGACACCUGUAGUCUAUGGGGUGUGUGAAUACCAUGGCCUUCAAGGUCGUUGUCCAUGACCUCAGCCUGUGUGAUCCACUCCAUGUAUCCUUUCAGAUCCUCAUCUAACUGUUGUCUUUCCCUCAGCUGCUGAUAUUCUCCACUGCGAGAACUCUUCUCUCUCUCCUUAGUGAACUCACUGACCACAGAGGAAAAAUUCUUGAGGCAAAUCUACCCGUCAACUACUUUAAGUAUUUUGAAACAUCAUGACUAAUUCUGUUAUGAGCUAAUGUCUGAUGUUUGUACUGACCCACACAAAACUCCCAGAACCAGAUUGAGGAUGAAGAAUGAGCCCAACAGAAUCAGGGUGACAAAAUACAACCAGGGCCACUCCAUUCCGAUCGCAUCAUUCACCUGUAUAAAACAAAACCUGCUGUCAGAUCUCAGUCAAGCAUCUGAGAACCACUUGUUAGGAUCAGAUCAGGUUUACUGACCCAGUACAGAACAUCUGUCCAACCCUGCGUGGUGAUGCAUUGGUAUACGCUCCAGGCCAAUAAUGGCGUAAAUUGUGACCAUGAAGAAAACCAGCAGGGCGAUGUGGAACAGAGGCAGCAUGGACUUGAGAAUGGAGCUCAUGACCACCUGCAGACCUGGAGGAGUCAUUACACUUUGAUGAGCACACAUCCAUGAGGAUUCGACUAGAGAGAUGUGAGCAGAAACAGGUGACGAUAACUUACUGGGGACCCCGGAGACGAGACGCAGGGGCCGCAGGACUCUGAAUGCUCUCAGGGCCUUCAUAUUGAACCCUCCUUUCUGUUCCACUGGAGCCUCCACACCACUGAUGUUAUUGAUGAAGUCCACCACGAUGGUGAACAACCUGAUAGAGAUCACAACACGAUGAAGCAUCUGGAAAGUUCUUACCUGAGGAAGAUGAGCCGGUGAAGAUCUCUCCGUAUCCUUACACACACCUGAGUGAUGUUACAGGUGGCGCUGGAGUUGCAGACACACUGACAGCAGGAUGUGGAGAGACUUACAUAAAGAGUUGAAAUACAAAGAGAGGGAAAAUAAAUCUAUCAGUUUUGUGUGAUAAUGGCGCUGCGAGCCGCUCUGCUGAAGAGUAUCUGGUACGCUUUCACUUCACUGGACACAGAAGAUAGCGGGAAAGUGUCCAAGUCACAGCUGAAGGUUCUGUCUCAUAAUCUUCACAGUGUUUUGAGGAUUCCUCAUGACCCAGAGUCCCUCGAGAGACACUUCAGUGAUGAUGAUGAUGGUCCAGUGUCCACUCAUGGGUACAUGCCCUACCUAAACCAGUUCAUACUGGACAAGGUGGUGGAGGGUACGUUUGUUAAAGAAGAGGUGGAUGAACUGUGCUGGACUCUCUGUUCUAAGAAAUACUACCGUCCUGAAACGCUCCGUGUUCUGUCCAAUCAGGACGCACUACGACUUUGGUGUCUCUUUAACUUUCUGGCAGAGGAUCAGUAUCCUCUUGUGCUUGUACCAGAGGAGGCGGAGUAUUUGCUGAGGAAGAUCAGCAGCGUGAUGACCGUGGAGUUGAACUGUGUUGACGUGGAGGAGUUUCUGUCACAGGACUGCGUUCAGAAGGACGGUUUGAACGUCUGGAGUUUCCUGCAGCUGGUGAACUCGGCCACUAUAGGUCGAGGGGUGGACAAAGACAGUAUCAGUAUGGCAAUAGAGAAGGUGUAUCGAGAGAUGGUGGGGAGCGUCCUGAAAGAGGGAUAUCUGUGGAAGAAGGGUCAUUUACGUAGGAACUGGACGGAACGCUGGUUUUGUCUGAAGCCUGGCUCUCUGUCGUAUUUCAUAAACGAGGAUUGUAAAGAGUGUAAAGGCGUCAUAGAUAUGGACCAGAACUGCUGUGUUGAGGUGCUGUCUGACAGGGAAGGGAAGAGAUGCAUGUUCUGUGUGAAGACCCUUAACAAAACCUUUGAGAUCAGCGCAUCUGACUCCAGACAGAGACAAGAGUGGAUUACAGCGAUCCAAACAGCUUUGCGUCUGUCUGCUGAGGGAAAGAGCUCUCUGCACGAGGAGCUGAGGGCACGUCGACAGGAGCUGCGCGAAGAGAGGGACAGGAGACGUGCGUUUCGGGCGGAGGAGACACGCAGGCUGCAGGAGUUGCAGGGGGAGCGCGAGGAGCAGCUGGCUGAACUGGAGCUUCUGAAGGAGGCGCAGAGACAAGCUCGGGACUCCUUACGGCAGGAGGAGCAGAGGAGGCGCAGUCAGCAUGAGGAGCUGCAGAAGACCCUGCAGAGACAGCUGCAGGAGGCAGAGGAGGCACGAGCAAAUCUUCACGCAGAGGUAACCGUACGAGAUCUUGAGGUGGAACAUCAGCGCAGAAGAAUCAAAGAACUCGAAGAUCUUCAUUGCAGACUGCAGGAAGCUUUAGAUCAACAGAUCAGAGCCCGCCAAGAGGAGGAGACCUACAGAUAUACACAGACCAGGCUCCUGGCGGAAGAGGAGGAGAAGGUGAAGUCUCUUCUGGCUCUACAGGAGGAGCAGGAGGUGCAGCUCCUCCAAACCCAGCGAGAGAAACAGGAGCUCAAGCAGGAGAUGGAGAGAAAGUCACAGGCUCUCGAUGAGGCCCAGCGACAGGUGGAGAAAAUCCGGGCCAGUCGACGUCGAGUGGAUCAGGACAUCGCUGCUGCUCAGCGAAAGCUUCGACAGGCCAGUACCAGCGUGAAGCACUGGAACGUUCAGAUGAACCGACUCAUGCACCCCAUUGGCCCUGGAGAGAGGAGAUCUUCUUCCAGUGGACCUCUGACAUCUCCAGUCCGUGCCUCUUCAGUCAGUGAGAUAGAAUCAAGAACUCACCAGAGAUCAGAGAGAGAACUACACAAACACAAGAGCUUCGACUGUGGGGACAAUAUAAGAUAUGUUGAGAAUAUGGACUUCAGCCACAAACAUCCUUCUGAUACCGAUGAUCAAUAGACCUGACAUAACGCAGAAUAAACCUGACAUAGAGAAGUGAUAAACCUGACGUGGAGAUAAAUAAACCUGAUAUAAUGCUGAGUAAACCUGACAUAGAGAUAAAUAAACCUGACAUGGACAUAAAUAAACCUGACUUAAUGCUAAGUAAAUCUGACAUAGAGAACUGAUAAACCUGAUGUUGACAUAAAUAAACCUGAUAUAAAGUUGAGUAAACCUGACAUAGAGAUGAAUAAACCCGACUUAAUGCUAAGUAAACCUGACAUAGAGAUGAAUAAACCUGACUUAAUGCUAAGUAAACCUGACAUAGAGAUAAAUAAACCUGACCUAAUGCUAAGUAAACCUGACAUAGAGAUAAAUUAACCUGACUUAAUGCUAAGUAAAACUGACAUAGACAUAAAUAAACCUGACUAAGUAAACCUGACAUAGAGAUGAAUAAACCUGACUUAAUGCUAAGUAAACCUGACAUAGAGAUAAAUAAACCUGACCUAAUGCUAAGUAAACCUGACAUAGACAUAAAUAAACUUGACUAAGUAAACCUAACAUAGAGAUGAAAAACCCGACCUAAUGCUAAGUAAACCUGACAUAGAGAUGAAUAAACCCGACCUAAUGCUAAGUAAACCUGACAUAGAGAUACAAAUAAACCUGACUAAGUAAACCUGAUAUAGAGAUGAAUAAACCUGACAUAAUGCUAAGUAAACCUGACAUAGACAUAAAUAAACCUGACUAAGUAAACCUGACAUAGAGAUGAAAAACCCGACUUAAUGCUAAGUUAACCUAACAUAGAGAUGAAUAAACCUGACCUAAUGCUAAGUAAACCUGACAUAGACAUAAAUAAACUUGACUAAGUAAACCUAACAUAGAGAUGAAAAACCCAACCUAAUGCUAAGUAAACCUGACAUAGACAUAAAUAAACUUGACUAAGUAAACCUAACAUAGAGAUGAAAAACCCAACCUAAUGCUAAGUAAACCUGACAUAGAGAUGAAUAAACCCGACCUAAUGCUAAGUAAACCUGACAUAGAGAUACAAAUAAACCUGACUAAGUAAACCUGAUAUAGAGAUGAAUAAACCUGACUUAAUGCUAAGUAAACCUGACAUAGAGAUAAAUAAACCUGCCUUAAUGCUAAGUGAACCUGACAUAGACAUAAAUAAACCUGACUUAGUAAACCUGACAUAGAGAUGAAUAAACCUGACAUAGAGAAGUGAUAAACCUUAGCCUACCUGAGUGAUAAGUGAUAAAUAAGCCUGACCUAGAGUUGAAUGACAUAAUGCUGAGUAAAGGUGAUGUAGAGAUAAAUAAAGAUGACAUUGAUGCUAAAAACAGUCUGAUGUUAAAUAUGUAAUGAAUCAGUUGUGUAUUGUGUGUGUGUAGUUGUGAUGAUUACUGUAGUGUCAGUGCGUGUGGGAGAUUUGAGUGAAACUCUUGUGGUUUGACUUCCUGUUUCCUGUCUCAGCUGAAGAUGCUGUGUUGUGUUUGUUAGAUGAACGAUUCUUUAUCAAACAUUUCAUGUACAUAAAACAUAACAUGUGUGUGGAGAAUCACAGCAGUGUGCUAUAAACAGAUAAUCACAUGACAGAGACUCAUCAUCAGACACAUCUGAUCAUGACACAAACAAGAGGAGGCCAGUUUCUACUGGACUCAUAACUAUGGUUUUAUUUUAUUAAAAGUUUAAUGACCAUG